UCAAAGUGGCAUUUGCAGGCACUAAGUGGGGAAACUGAGGCACAGCCGAGCCCCCACCCCCUCGUUAGCCCAGCUGGGCCGCACCUGCAGCUCGUUGGGGUAUUUAAGGCUCUUCUUUAGGUAUUUUCUUGGGUUUAGGGAGAGCUGAGCUUGUGGUGUGGGAUUUGUGGCUUCUCUAGGGAUGGGGGAGCCCAGUGGUUUUGGGGGGCAGGUGCUGGGGGUUGUGCUGCCCACGCCGGCCCCCGAGGUGCUGGAGCUGGUGCUGCGGCAGCGCCACGGCCCCCUGCCCCGCGCCGCCGCCAUCGCCCGCCUGCGCCGCGGCCCGGCCGGCGGCUACGAGCACACCGGGGACCCCGCCGAGGCGCUGGAGCGACGGCGAGCGGCCAACGCCAAGGAGCGUGAGAGGAUCAAGAACCUGAACAGCGGCUUUGCGAGGCUGAAGGCGCUGGUGCCCCUGGUCCCCCGCGACCGCAAGCCCAGCAAAGCCGACACGCUGCGCGCGGCCGCCCGCUACAUCCAGCUGCUGCGGGGGGUGCUGCAGGACACGGGGGGCUGCCAGGGGCACAACGUGGGUGCUGAGCAGGAGAUGGGUGACAGCAGAGAGGAGCCCCUGGGGGGGACACCCGGGACGUGGGGCCCCCCCACCCAUGGGGUCCCCCCAGCCUGUGCCCCAACCCGGGGUCACUGCAGGACAGACAGGACCCGGUUUUUCCUGCCAACCCCUGAAAAUCCAGCGUGUUCUGAGGGUGAUGCCCACGUUCAACACUCCAGCACCGAUUUUGGGGUUGCGGGGGCGGAUCCAGCCCUGGAUCCCCAAACCGGGGGUGUCACCCCAACCCCACCACUGCCUUCCUGUCCCUAAACCGGGGGUGUCACCCCAACCCCACCACUGCCUGCCUGUCCCCAAACUGGGGGUGUCACCCCAAACCCACCACCGCCUGCCUGUCCCCAAACCGGGGGUGUCACCCCAACCCCACCACCGCCCGCCUGUCCCCAAACCGGGAGUGUCACCCCAACCCUGCACUGCCCACCUGUCCCUAAACCGGGGGUGUCACCCCAACCCCACCACUGCCUGCCUGUCCCCAAACCGGGGGUGUCACCCCAACCCUGCACCGCCCACCUGUCCCUAAACCGGGGGUGUCACCCCAACCCCACCACUGCCUGCCUGUCCCCAAACUGGGGGUGUCACCCCAAACCCACCACCGCCUGCCCGCCUGUCCCCAAACCGGGGGUGUCACCCCAACCCUGCACUGCCCACCUGUCCCUAAACCAGGGGUGUCACCCCAACCCCACCACUGCCUGCCUGUCCCCAAACCGGGGGUGUCACCCCAACCCCACCACCACCCGCCUGUUCCCAAACCGGGGGUGUCAUCCCAACCCUGCACCGCCCACCCUGUCCCCAAACCGGGGCGGGGGGGGGGUGGUGUCACCCUAAACCGCGGUGGGGCCCCCGCGCUGUCAUUAAUUGCUCUGUGCCGAUGUAAUCAGCAAUUAGCGGUGCUGCUCCUUCCCCCCCGCUUCCCCCCCCGCCCCGCAAGGUUAUUUCCCACGAUUCCCAAUUAAGGAUCUCGCAAUGAAACUGGCUCCGGGGGUGUCUGUGAUUUGGGGGGGGUCCCUCCGGGGGGCGGGGCCAGGCGGGGCGUGGCGGGAGCUGGACCUGCGCGGGGGGGCGGGGGGCGGCCCUUUGUCAGGAUGCUCUGAGGAGGAGGAGGAUCUCGCUGCCGUCUGACGCUCCCCCUGGGCUGGGGCCACCGUGGGACCCCCCCCCCAAUUUGUGGGAUCCCUCCCAAUCUGUGGGACCCCCCCCCAGCCGUGAAUACAGCCUGGAAAAGGCUCCCGCCCCCCCCCAGCCAG